AUGCGAUCCUCGUCCUGCAAGUUGUGCUGACCCUUCCCGCCUGCUCUUCUUCCACCUUCCACUCCCAUCAGACACAGCCCCCGUGCCAAUCUCCCUUUCCUUCCUCCACCCCUUCCUUUAGCUCCUCCUUUCGCCAUCGAUUGACUCUGCUUCCUUUGCUCUACCCCUCCAGUUUGGUCCGUCCAUUCCCAUCGCCUUGAAGCCUCCUAGUCGCGUUACUAUCAAGCUUGCAAAUCUCUUCUGCCUAGCCAGUAUUCUACAUCAGCUCAGUGUUUUGAAAUCCUCUUUGUCCUGCUUGGGAGGACUUGUUUUCUUACAGUCAUUUGAUCAAUCCCCGUCUAGCGGUCGAAGACAGGCUCUUGUUUUCUGCUGAUUUCUGCCAACCUUCCUUUCAUCAACCCUUGAUUACAGUCCAUCUGCAUUCCUUUCAAGUUGAACCUAGCCGCUACUCUUUGAUUCUCCCUUUCAACCCGCAUUGAGGGAUCGAACGCAGCAGCUCUUCGCAGGAGGACGAGGACUCAACCCAGCCUAAUCUUUCAAGCCCGAUCGUUCGAGAUGGCCAACCUCCCCCCCCCGGCCUUGAAACGCAACAACAGUGGCGGCUUCGAGCAGAGGAUCGCCCGAGGACCUGACGUUGUUGACAUGCCGGACCAUGAUGCAUCUGAUAAGAGUUCCUUACCAGAUUCCAAGGGCUUCAGAGGUGCGGGAAGGGGCUCGGGUCCCAUUCCCAAGAGUGCAGGCUUAGCGGCACUGAGCGCUGGACCCCCGGUUCCAACACCUAGCACCCCUGUUGCAGCUGCACAGGAGACACCUGCGGUGGAUACUUCGAGGGAGUCAGCUAUCGCUGCCGCCCGUGCCAAGGCAGCCGAGGAUGCGAUACGAAAGCAGAAACAGCUGGAUGCUGCUGCGCGUGUGCAGAAUUCCCAAGCGAUCAUUCCUACUUUACCGGUUUCCAACAGUUCAAGCCAAAGAAAGCUGAUUGAGGCAGCAAUGGAAGAAGCUGCGAGGAAGAAGAAGCAACUUGAGAUGGCUGCUCGCAACCAAGCUGCUCCCACUCUUGAAUCGGAUCAAGACAGCAGGAUGAAAGAUAGGAUCCUAGACCCCCAGUCCGGAGACAAGGGGCAGUUUGACAACGUGAAGCCAGAUCCUUCAAGUAUGCACAAACAGCUUCUUAUGCAGGCUGCAGAGGAUGCAAAGCGCAAGCAAAGACAGUUAGAGGCGGCAGCUAAAGCUCAGACAUACUCAGCACCGAUUUCAUCGAAUACCAAUCUCGUUUCUAAUCAGCAAGUGGCAUCGGAUCCUCAAAUCAUCAGCAGUUCAGAUUAUGAUCCUUAUGCCGAAAAGCAGGCAAAGGAGAAGUCCGCUGCUCAAAGAAAGCGUGAAGAAGCUAUGGAAGAAGCUCAGAGAAAGCAAAGGCAGCUCGAGGCAGCUGCUCUUGCCCAGUCCAUCUUACCCUCGUCCAAGAAUCUUGUGCUACAAAAGACUUUUGAAGCAGAAGAAAUGGCUAGAAGACAAAGACAUCUGGAAGAGGCCGCAGAGCUGGCUGCGCGCAGGCAACGGCAGUUGGCAGCCGCAGCACAUGCGCAGGACUCGCUUUUGCCAGGAAGUCUUUCGAGAGAAUCUUCUAUGACGAAGAAUGACAUGGUAAUGAAACCAGCACCUGUUCCAGAGAAAAAUGCGUGGGCAACAAACAAACCUUUGGCAAACUCCAACGUUGCACAACCACCACCGAAUGCCUGGGGUGUGAAUACGAACGCGGUGGUCCAAGGAAGGGAUGCGGCUGUUCCUCGAGAUCAGCCUGGAGUGUCAUGGAGCAAAGUUGCUGCAGGUCACAACCCUAACGGGUCGAUCUUGAACACAGAUGGUCCGGGUGUUCUGGACACCUCGGAAGAUACUGAGGAAGUCUUCUGCUAUGGCUCUAACGGUGUAGAUCAAGGAGGUGGAGAUGAUGGUGUACCGCAGUCCUGGGAAGAUUCCAUUCCGCAACCAGAGCCUGUGCGGGAGUCGGCCUGGAAGAAACCCCUCAAGAUUCUCGGAGUAGAAACGGGUCGACCAAAUGAGGAGUCAAUCUUGGGUGUGAAUGGGGAGGAUUUCAAGCAGCAGCAGGCUGCUCUUGACUUCGCCACUGGUUUCGGACAAGUCAGUGGAUGUGACGACCUGAUGCCUUUCGAGCUCACCUGUGAUUUGGACGGGCCGGGGGACAAAGAGAGAAAUUCGGGUAGGCCCGAAAACCCAAGUGGGUCAAGUGCUCUGUCGGAGGAUGAAGGCGAUUCGCAAUCGCCAUCGAUUGCAUUGAAGAUGCUGCUGGGAAUCGGACAGGAGACUGCAGAGAUUCCAGUCCAGAAUCUGGACCGUAAGCUGCCAGUGUGGGGAAAACCUGGUAUGAGGAUGGACAUAACUCUGGAUCCGGCAGUGGCACAGAUAUCUGCAGAAAGGCCUGAUGGGAUGCCAGCAAAUUCUGCAUGGCAUGGAGAUGGCCAUACCCCAGUCUCUCAGCUCCAAACAAGUUUCCAGAACCUCGGAAAACCGACAGAAAACGAUUAUGGAUUGUCGCAGCAUUCUUCUUCAGGCUUCUUUGGUAGCCGACAAGACAUGGGCUUGGGUGCUAGUGAGCUGCAUACCCCCUUCUCGGGAACUCGCCAGGAUAUGUAUAGUAUGCCUUCAACUGGCUCAGCUUCAUCGGAUACAAUCAGCUGGCUCAGCAAUCAGAACCAGAAUGUUGACUGGUUCUCUAAUGUGGCUCCGCAGAGGCCAUCCUUCUCGUUCCAGGACAACUACAACCAGCAGAUGGAGACAAGAUCAUCUGCAGCAAAUGCCGCGCCAGGAAGUUUCGGAUCCUAUCCCUCCAACACGGGGAUGAACGGAUUUGACUUUCAUCAAGGCUCGAUGCUUGGAAAUUCCACCAGCACUUUCAACUCCGACCCGUUCUCGUCUUCACAAAGGAUGGGGUAUGGCCUUGGGCAGGUGGAACACAGUGGCUUUCAGACCUUUGCGCAGUCUGAUGCGCGGUCAUCGCGCGCAAAUGGGGACUCCUUCCUGUCGGCGCCUUCGAGCUUCAUCGUUCCAUCUGCUCAUCAGCCAACUGGCAUGCAAGGAGGCUCCAAUCAGCGUGGACCUUGGGAUCAGCAGCCGGCCGGUUACGGGUACUCGUCUGGCUUCUCAUCGGGGGGAGCUGGCAACCUAGGAGGGGCACAGGCGGGGUAUGACCGGGGCUACAUGCCCUCCAACAUGCUGCCAGGGGAGAUGAACUCGAGGCAGUACGGCGGGGAGCGGCUAGAUCAGCAUGGGAGCAGUCAGAACGUCCUCCGGCUGUUCGGCAUGGCGGGGGGUACAGCAGAUCUGAGGGACGAAGAGCCGAAUCUGUCGGGACUGGCGAUCGGGGAUGAGCAUCUACUGAAGCCAGAGGCCUUCACGCGCUUCCAGGAGCCGAGCGGGCACGGGGGGCUGUGGGGACAGGGAGGGCCGCACGGAGACAACAACUUCAACUUUUCAAAGUUUUUCGGGGGCCUGGCGGGUAACGGAGAAGUCCAGCCGAUGCCUUCAAUCCCUCCAAGCACAGGGAUGAUGUCUCUAGCAGAGAUUGAAGGCAAGCAAUUCAGAACCUGAUGUCGUGUUCACGAAAAGAACGAAAGGCUUAAAAGGGGGCGAGGGCAUGCUGUCAUUUCCUGGAGAAGACUGCUUUUCUUUCUAGGAAGUUUCGAACGAAAGCUAUUAUUCUUU